AUGGCUAAACUCGAUUCCUGCUCCCUCUCACUGCCUGCGACCGUCUCUCUUGCCAAUGCUGGCAAAGGCGACGUAAAUCUCACCGAAGCAUCACUCUCGGCCUCUGCUGCCUCCUGUAUCGCCUUCUGGGGCCCUCCUCCAGGACUCUCAAACCCCAUCGAAUCCACCGACAAACACGACGCGCGCACCGCGCAGAGAGUCGCGAUAGGCUGUACCGAUGGUUCAGUAUUUAUCCUGGACGUCCCAGCUCCCACAAGUCCUUCAGUCGCACCCCGAACCCCGCACGGAGACCCACUCUCUCCCCCACUUAGUCCAAGGCGAUACCUCGGACUGGGCCACGCUUCUUCGCGGUCCGCGUCGCCUUCUUCCACCAUCCCUGCCCUCUCGCCCUUCCACGUGACGCGCUCCCGCAUCGUCUCCUCCGUCACCACUGAGCAGGCGGAAGCCCCGAAGAACUAUGUCGACUUCGAGGAUGAGCAGGAGAGGCUGAAGGGCAUGCUGAAGGGCAAGGAGCAGCGGAUGAGGCACGCGUCGCGGUCGCGCACUCGCCCAGAACGCAACUCGUUCUCGACCGACCGGUCUCUCGCUGCCACCCCGAGCUCCUCGAACGGCGGGGGCAGCAGUCAGAAGAAGGAGGACGCGCGAAGUUACCUGUCGGCGGCUCUAUCUCCUGCUCCAUCCACGCUGUCCCUGUCUGGCCCGCCAUCUCCCACGUUGUUUCCAGCAGUGUCGUCAGAGUCUAACUCACCUCCCACUGCAACUUUGCGCUAUCAUGUCUUUCCUCCACAAUCUAGUACCGGUCGGCCCGUCUCCUCCGUGAAGACGCACGACGGUGGUCGAUACUUCACAUGCCUCCUUGAGACAGGGGCUCUGUCUGUCCACUGUACUUCUGAUGGACGAUGUGUUGCUUCAAUCACGGCGGAGGUCAAGCCGCCUCCCUCAACAGUCGCGGGAAAAGUUCAGACAACGCCUCCUAUGUUGUGGGUUUGGAGGUCAUUGCUUGUUGCGGCAUCCGACGAGUCAAUUGCGAUAUUUGCAUGUGCAUCCCCUCACGAAUUUUACCCUGCUGGCCAAGUCAUGGAGUCCGUUUCGGACUCAGAGCGUCAAGCUAUCGUGGCGGUUUACGAACUUAUCCUUCCGGGAGAGGCUCAGGCCGGGGAAGCAAGUCUUGAGCAUCUGGGACAGUGGCCGGUCAAUGGGCAAGUUGACACUAUCGGAUUGCGCGCCGAACCCGAUCACAGUUUGACGCUGUUUCACAUCGGUCCUGCCGGCCACUUCAGCUCGCGUACCGUUCGGGUUCUCGGCCCCCUUCCGGACACUCCGCCAGACCUACCAGAGUCUUCGUCGACCCAUCUUCCGCUCCCCAACCCCUUCAAGGUCCUCAAGUCUCUCUCAACGGACCAUCUCGCGGGCACCAACAAGGAUCAGCCGUUGACGCGACUCGAGCUGAGCAACGACGUGGUCACCGGCGAGAUCAACUCGGAUUUUCCCAUAAUUGGACUACGAGCUCAUGAUAACGGCGACGCUGUGCGAUGGUGCGCUUGGUCUGCGCAAGAAAUGAUGGUUUGCGACUGGUCGAACGAUCAUCUUGAACAAAGCGCCAGCAUCCCUGCGACGAAGGUCCGCGAUGUCAAGUGGAUGGACCAUGACUCAUUCGUGGCUCUCUUUUCCGACCGAGCUGAAGUCUGGCGGGUGGCCGCCUCCCCAGGUCGAACACCCUCAGACAUCCAGUGCCAGAUGGUCCAGAGCGCGCCUUUCACCCCUGGCGAUGCUGUAAGCCUGGCUCCCGGGGGCCACAUCGUCUCCACGCACUUGAAAGACAAGACUCGCAGAAUACACUAUCUACCAUUGGAACCCUCUAUGAGCCGUCCUCCGCAGUCACGCACGCUGUGGGCAGGACACCGCAGCGACGGCGGCGCGAAGCUCCGGUCUCGUAUAUCAUAUAUGCUGCCGCUCGAACUCGACUUGAUCAUUGCCGGCUACUCUGACGGCUUGAUCCACCGAACUUCGCUCAUCGACCUCAUUCAGCAUACGCGCCAGGAUAAGUCAACAUCCGAUAUAUCUCUCGGCGGCGCGGUCGUCCACCUGGAUAUUGUCCAAAACCCGAGGACAAAUGAGCGCGUACUCGUCGGGGGCUCGGAUGACGGGGCGAUUGCAAUCUGGGAUAUCUCGACCUUGGCGGCAUGCGCGCGGUGGACGGUGUUCACCACACCGCUCGCUCAGGUGAUAUCGCUGCAUGACGAGGACGUCGGGCGAUUGCACGGGUGUGUCCUCUGCGUCUCUCAAGACGGCACGGUCGCUGUCGUCGCCAUCGAUGACUACCAAUUUGUGUAUCUUGUGCCUGGCUCUGCGGCACCGCUCGCGCGAAUAUCUCUUUCGGAGGACAAUAUGUUGUUGGUAUAUGCGGAUGGGCGGGCACGGCUAUGGGAUACGCGGACGCGAGAGUUCUGGCGCUCUAUGAGCAUAGAGAAGGGAGAGGAACUCAUUCAAGCCGGCGGAUGGUCACAGUGGUCCAUCGGCGAUCGUCCCGAGACCCGCUGCUCUCUCAGGGCGUUGAAUCACGGCGCAUCCCCGGACGCAGCAUCGACACUGCUCCUGGACAUCUCAUCGGUUUUGAGGCAGCUAUCGGCAACCCCAGCCUUGGCCAGCAGCGCUUCCAAUGCUCUCAGCCCGAAGGCGAAACUCGAGAACGCCCGCGCCGUGCUCUCCAUGCUCCUCACCUUUGGCGUAAGCGAGGGAGUCGACUCGAUUUGCACAGAAUCCCUAGGCAUCGCCCCACAUCCUGCGCCUUUGGGACUGUCUAGCAGCGACGCCGUGUCACUUUUCCCGUCAACGGCACGUUCUGAUGCGUGGACAGUGUCACCUGAAGCUUCAGCGGAUCGUGCACUUGUGAUCUUGUCGCUGCUGCAUUAUCUGACUCAAUAUGAGGAUCUCGCUCAAGAUGCCAAUACCGUCAUGACAUUCUACACGGCCUCUGUCGGACAGCUGGUGCUGGAGUCCUACCAGCCUCCCAGCCUCCCUCGGUUGGGACAGCAUCUUCUGAACACCCUGUCUUCGGAAGUCCGCCACACAGCACGAUUGCUUUUUGAUGCUGGUGUAGCACGAUUGUCAGACCACGAGACGACCGAGAUCAUGGAUAACUGGCAGAAUUACCUGCCUACGCUCCGCUCGGAGAAGGAGAAGGAGUCGCAGCAGAGUGCUCUGGCGCUUUGUGUGUGCGGGUUCAUUGCCGUGGACAAGUACACGUUAUUGACGCCAGGCACCCUAACCGAAAUCGCGAAAUCAAUCGCCCUCUACCUCCACGACGAAGCCUCCCCUUACCGCUCCCUCGCCAUCGACCUCUGCUCCCGUGGCUUCCAAGUCUGGCAGCAAUACGUCGACGCAGUCGAGAUGCUCCGCGCGCUCUUCACCCUCGCGACGACGACGAAGAAAGAAGCGAUCGCGGCACAGAACGUCGGCGCGCAAGCGCGCACGGCGGUCCUCCAGAUCGCCGCCUCGAACUCGCCCCUCUUCAUGACCACGCUCGCGAUCGACAUCCUCCACCCGCGCUCGCCCACCGCCCGCCGCGCCGUCCUCCAGCUCGUCGUCUUCCUCGUGCGCAAGCAGCCGCUCGUGCUCUACGCCGGCCUCCCGCGCCUGCUCGACGCCGUCGUCAAGGCGCUCGACCCGAACGCGUCCGCCGCGCGCGAGGCCGCGCUCGACCCGGCGACGGAGAUCCUCAGCCACAUCGUGCAGACGUUCCCGACCGUCGACUUCCACGGGCCGACGCAGCGCCUCGCCGUCGGCACGAGCGAGGGCGCGGUCGUGAUGCACGACCUCAAGACCGCGACGCGCCUGUACGUGCUCGAGGGCCACAAGCGGCGCACGACCGCGUGCAGCUUCUCGCCCGACGGCCGCCGGCUCGUCACCGUCUCGCUCGAGGAGGCGGCGGUGCUCGUGUGGAAGGUCGGGAGCAGCUUCACGAGCUUCUUCCUGCCCGGGGCGCCGCCGCGGCAGGGGCACGGCGGGUCGGAGCCGUUCAAGCGGCUGAGCUUCAACAUCGGAGAGGCCGCACACAUGAGCCUGGAAGAGACGCUCGUGAACGUGCGGUUCGAGUGGGCGGGAGACCGGAGCGUGAAGCUCAUGGUCAAGGACAGCGUCAUGACAUUUAGCACCUAG